UCAUAGCAACAAGCUACAAUAUGGCUGGUAAAAUUUGACUUAUUAGAAUUAGAACGUUUUUGCAACAUAAUUGUAACAUGCAGGGAAUUUAUGAGUUUUCAAGCGCGGAUAGAGUUAAAAGACUCGAAGAUGACCUCUCUAACGAGUUAAAAGAGCUUCAAAACGCGAUCGAAGAAAAUGACUUUUUAAAAGUUACUAAAUCGUCACAGCAGAAAUCCUUUAGCUCUGUACAACUUCCAAAAGAUGCUGGACAUUUUCAAAGGGAGAGAAAGAUUGCUCUCACUAAGGCUUUACGGGUGCGAGAGGCAAGAGAUCUGGAGUGUCAAGCAGAUACAAUGAUGGAGGAAAUUACAAUAUGUGGAAAAGAAGAAUACACUAAUAAAAGUUUACCCCUUUUACUCCAUCAGUUUUACGUAGACAGGAUUAAAGAACUGGUGCAUUGUAAACACAUGCAUAUGUUGAGAUGGGCGAGAUUUUGUGAGCAUACAAAAACAAUUGAAACACUAUAUCCUGCUUACCAAGGACUAAUUAGUUCAAUAAUGGCAGAAUAUCAGGACGCGUUAGACAGAGCCCGUCGUCUCUCAGUGGCAAGAGAAGCAGCGUUAGCUGGCAACGAAACUGCAAUGAAUGUAGUGACACUAGAUGAUCUUCUUAUAUACACCAGAUCUUUGAUAUGUCAAUUACAUUCUGUCAAAAAAAUCCAUGCUUUCUUGAAGAUCAUAGAAUGGUUGCCAUACUCUCACACAAACGCUAUCAAACUUGAACACCAAAAGCCAGAACCCCAAUCUGAUCCUAACGCGAAAACAUCCACGAACCUCAAAGUUCGGAAAAGGUAUUCCAAGGUAAUGAGUCAAGUAUCUGUUGCAAUGCAACUAAACUUAUUACGUGCAACAACGUCCGAAGAUUCUCCUCCCACCCCUCCCCCUAUCAGUUUAUCUUCGUACCAGCUGGUGGCUACCAAGAGUCCGUCCAUAGCUGCUAUUGCGGCAGCGUCAGGCGGAGGACUGGCGACAGAUGAAGUCAAUUUGGGAAUACCGUUGCAUCAUACGUCAAUUGAACAACUCAAGCCCAUGUUGGAGUUUUUACUUGGUUGUUAUGCCAUUGAGAUGGACGUUCACCAGGUAAACACAUUUGCUGAUGAAAUGGAAUUAUUCACUAUGGUUUCGCGAAAAUUUAAGAAGAUAUUUUCCAGGCAGGAGCAACUACGAAGCUUCACCGUCUAUGACGCUCUUAUAGAGGAGAUAACUGACAGUAAAAUUCGCAGUCAGGGAACUUACCGCACGUUCAAAAAGGAAUCAAACUGGUUGCCAUUCUUACAUAUAAGGCCAGAAACAAACGGUGAACAAGUCAAGAUGAUGACAAAACUUCGGCAGCAAAACAACAUUGACGAGAUAAUAAAGACGCAUUCAAGUUUUCUAAAAAUGCAGGAUCCGCAGCGCGUGAUGGCUGCCUUACGUGAACACGCUCGAGCUGUGGUUGAGCAUCCAGUACCACAGGCUGUUUCUGUGACGACCCAUAAGACGAACUACGACACUAGUGCAGUAUGGAAGAAAAUUUUCGCCCAAACCAUGCCUCAAAGCUCUCGAGAAGAUGUUUUCGACUUCGAUGCUAAACUCGGUGAGGAUGUUAGUGGUCAGAAGGACAGUGAAUAUGAAUUGGGGACGGCAGUCGAUAUGUUAGGAUUAGAGGAUGAAGACUCGCGUGCACGUCAAGCGACACAGGGAGCCUAUAUGUCUUAUUUGUUACUCAGGCAUCUCAGACUGCGAGACUUGCAACGAACGUGUUUGUCAGUGUUGAACUAUUGUCGGUCUGUUGAAAGAACGCUGACCAUUAAUGAUAGUGGUCUGUCCCUGGAAAGUGGGCGUCAAAAAGCUACCAAUGAUCAAGUGUUCCACAGUGGCGGCGUUCAAGGUUUAGGUUCACAUCAAUAUAUUCACAACACACCUGCGGAUUUUGUUGUUGAACAGAAUGAAUUCAUGCAAUAUUCAGAGGUCGAAAAUCACGACGAUUUCUAUGUAUUUGAAGAAGGGCGAGUUCAUGUGCAAGAUCAAAGAGGAUUAUACGUCAUGUAUGACACUGCUAUACAUGACUUUAGGAAUCUUGAAAGAGAUCUGUUACUCGUUGCAACUCAGUUUAUACAGAAUGACAAGAAAAAUAUUCAUGCAAGAAAAUCAUCUAAGAAUUUCAGCUCCAAGUUUAAAUAUUCUGAUGUUGAUAUCAGUUCAUAUGGCCAUCAGAACGUUGAUCGUUUCGGAGUGCUUCUUGAUGUUUGGUCAAAUGAAGCCAUUUACCAGGAAAAUAAGCGACAGCUCUUGGACACCUAUUUUGAAGCCUAUCAACACACCUUUAAUCCAAACGACAAAAGAAAUCUUGCUCAGGUGAUGGUAAAUAUUCUUCAUCAAAGACCAAGAUUUGAUUUUAAUGAACCAUAUUUAGUGAAGUUAUACAGAGCAGAGAAUAUUUGUCUUCGGUUGCACUGUAACCUCGUUAAAUCUGUGUUGGACAAACAGAUCGCUGAUCAACGGGAGUAUGUUCAAAAAGUGACAAGAGAUGGCGACUCAGAAUUUGGUUUACCGCACAGAAUUAUUCCUAAACAAAGUAUUGCAGUCAACACUAGCAGACCAUGUUUGAAAUAUGUCUACAUGCUGGAAUUUCAUCCGUCCCUUGCGCUGGCUGCAUCCUUACCUAAAAGUAUCAAGCAUGUUUUACAGAUAUUUCUUAACGCGAGCCAGCCAGCUGGAUUUAUGGAGUUGAUCAAUGUUGAGAAAUGCUUGUUUGAACUUAUUCAAAAAGAAUGGGAUAAUAUGGAGGUCGUUGGUAUAGCCCAUUCACAACAAACACAAAAAGAUUUGUUCUCGGAGGUAUUUGUCGAAGAUCCAUUGUUUGUAUGCGAGGUUGGUCAAUCUCAGCUCAGCGCUCUUGAGUCCAAGUCAGCUGGUCGUAGAUCAGUAAAAGAAAGACAGCAGUCUCUUAUAAGUACCUGGUGUGAUCUACUUGAGGUGUUGACAUUGCGUCAUCGUUUGAUAACUUCAGCUCAUGAAACAGAAGUGCUCAUGAAGGUUUACAAGAGGAAAUGCAAAGAGUUUGGAUUUGAUGAACAUCAUGCUUAUCUUCGAGCUGUUUCGUUCGAUUUGGCUCAACUAAAACCGGAAGCUGAACUGUAUCGCAUCUCUAUUGACACCGUCCUUGAUGAUGACGGCAGAAUUGAUAGAUAUACACCAGGAUCUCUUCCACUUGCAAUUCAGGAGAUUGACGAAAAGUAUGCUGGAACAGUAAACUUCAGGACGCGAGAAGGACUGUUGCAGCUCAUUGGACGGAUGGGGGUGGAAAAGUUGCAAGUCAUAUUAGCAAGCCAGGUGGUGCAUAAAAAUCUUCUAGCUGCAGCUGUGAUCCUCGGGGGUGAAUGUGGGAAUGCUGUGAGUAGAGAAAGACGCUCAGGGACAUCAGUCAAUAAGAAUAUUUCUCCAAGCGCUGUCCCCAAAGUGCCAACAGUGACAACUAUGGACUUCCUAGACCCAGGCAGCCAUGACAGCUCAGGCACGGCCACUCCAACACAAAUGACAUUCACAACUCACGUGAAACGCGAAAAAAACCACGUGACCAAACUUGCGUUUGUUUCCGCUCAACUUGAAAAGGCAUGGCUGCGAGAUAUGAUGUUGAAUGAAUAUGUGACAAAGAAGACCACAAUGAGCACAGUCUUGAAAAAUGUUGAUGAAACUAUGAAGCUAAAACGGACACUCAUUUUAAGUUUCUCUCAAGCUCUUCAAAUGUCAGUUUCCGAAUACUCACUGCGAGCCCAGAUUAUUUCAUAUUGCGGAAGCCUGUUGGAUCUGAUGAGCCAAUUUCCAACAACAAGAGACUCUCACUUUAUGAUCGGAAUUGAAUUUGAACCAAAACCAGAUGAACAGGAAAAAUCUCUGGAAGAUCCAACACCCUCUUUAACUUCACGUGCGAGGAAAUUGCUGUCAAAUGACGGUCGCCAAAUGAUUAAUCUUUGGUAUAUACCCCACUUUACCGAGGUACUGAACAUGUUUGCAAAAUCAGCGAGAGGUGAUAGAAACAAACGUCUUAAAACCGUACUGCAAAUCGUCUCGUGUCUUCAUGAUAUAUGCCAGUACCUGUGUGCGCAUGCGCGCUUAGGAAGCUCCCACGCCCGUCUUGGCUCUCAAAAGUUGGAAUUUUCUGGUGUCACCGCUGACUGGGGAGGAACGGAAGGAAUAGGUGCCGAGUUGCGCGAAAUACAGAAACAAAUCAACCACCUGGAAAAUCCUUCAGAUCCAGAACAGAUCGCAGAGUUUUUACGUCAUCGUCGCGACGUCAUGUACUUAGAAUUCGAUCUAUCAGUGAGUCAUUGCGUCCCUGAUACCUUCCUGCAGACUGGAAACGAGCUUGCGUGUAAGUCGAUUACAGACCAAAUGGAGUUUGCAUUACAAAAUUUAAGUAACGUCGAAAGAUGCAGUGUAUACAAUUGGUCGUUACCAGUCCCUGAUCUUUUUAACUCUCUCAAGGAAGUAUCUUCAAACUUAGUCCCCUGGCGAUCAUUUUUAGCAAGGAAUGGUCCGUUUUCAUUGCAGUAUUGGCCUUGGUUUGAGAUUGGCACCAACAUGCAACUGUGUUUGGCUGGUCUUCGAGACGUUGAUAGGCAUGUUGUUAACGGUGAAAUCCUGGGUGUGUCACUACAGCUUGAAGAUGUUUUACAAAAUGGUCUCCCUGAUGACAUUCUUGGCCAAGCAGAUGAUAGCUCUAGCGUGACGUCAACGUCUUCUGCGCUUAGAGUGAAAGACAGAAAGCUGGCUUCUCGCUUAGGUAGUGCCAGAAGUAGUCAGGCUGAGGAAGUCCCCUUGACAACAGCAAGUACACUCGACAUCCCUCGUGGUCAGUUAUCAUUUAACACAGAUCCACUCUCAGCCAUAAAAUUACUGCAGUUAUUUCUCAUUUCCUGGUCUCGUCUUGAGGUGCUGAAAAGAGAUUGGGGUUGCCGAAAGCUCGGCGUGAGCUCUCUGGCUACAACAAAAAAUUAUAAAGCUUGUGGAAAAGCCUUCAAAAUCGAUGUACUUCUUCCUGUGUAUCAACAGAUCGCCUCGAAGAAAGGAAUUCCAAAUGAUUAUUCUGUCAUCUCCACUGUGUGUGAUGAUGAACCUUUGGCUACCCCACCUUCUACAACUGAUAUGGAACUGAAAAUCAAACAGCUUGUUCGUUUACUUGAAAACUUUGAGUGCUCUAUGAUUGGUGAUGUAAUAAAAAAGAUAUCCAGAGAACAUACGCUAGUUCUGACUGAGAGAGGACGUGAAGAUGCCACCUUGCCUACAGACCUGUGGAAAAGACCGGUGAUGAAAGAAACGACGACUAUCGAGAAACCUCAUUUAGUGGAGAAUUUUGUUCAAACUUUAAUGAAUGAUCACGUGGAAAAUGAAGAUACGUUGACGUUUUCUAAGGCACAUUUCAAUGCUUGUCUGGUAAAACUUGCAUCAGAGACCAUGGUGAGAGAACGUAGCUGCUUCAAUGGUUAUGCUAUGUACUAUGAAAACCUGCUACGCCAUCAGCAUCAAUUAUUAUAUACAAAAGAACAAGAAAUAAAGCAAAUUCAAAGCAGUAAAGAAGAUUCCGAGAAGAAUUCUCAAGUCGAUAUUGAUUGUCAGCUGGCAGACAAAAGUCACGAACUUCUGUUAGAAAUCACUGCACUGAGAGCAAAAAUUAAAGAACUUUCGGAUCAACUGACCAACCAGGAAAGUGAAAUACGGGAACGUUUAACAAAAGAUUACAACACUCUUGUACGAGGAUUGUUCUCGCGCUGUUUUUCUAUCAAGAAUAAGUUCGAAGAAUUCAGAGGCUCGUUGUAUGAUGAUGUUCUUGAAAGUCUCAGUGAUGUUCGACGUCAAGCUAUGGAAAACAUGAGAAAAAUUAGAGAGAGGACUGGUACAUUAAAAGAUGAUGUUGAAACUGAAUCCAGUAUCCAUCUUGCGAGAGCAGAGAGAAUCAGGGCUUACCAGGAGGAGAACAAACAUUUAGGAGCUUUGUUUUAUAAAGUGAAGACUUUGAACUUUUGGAAAAACACUCGAUUGAGUUCUCAUCAUUUCGAAACAGUGACAAGUUUAAGAGACGAGGCGGACAGGGCGAAAAAAGAAUGUCUCGAUAUCAAAAAGAUGACUCAAGAAAAAGAAUUGUUGUUAAUCCAAGAGCAAACUGCUUUAAGGAAGGCUUUGGAACAAGUCGAGAAAGAAGCUCAUACUCUCAAGAAGAAACUUUCACACGAGCAGAAGGCAAAACUUCAAAAAACUCACGCACGGAUUCAAGAAGCAAGAAGUUCAAAACAAAUGGAGCUUGCAAAGUCAACAAAUAUUGAUAAGUUGAUAUCUGAUUUAGACGAACGCGAAGACCAGCUCAGGGCACUCACAGCGAACUUACUUCGGGAUCAGAAAAAGAAUUCAUUGGUCAAAGAACAUUCUAAAAAGACGAAAAAGUUAUUACAACAGCAACUCGAACAUGAAAGAAAUCUUAAACUUGGUGCAUUUGAGAGAGUGGACGAGCUGCAGCGUCAGGUAUAUGACUAUGAACAAGUUUAUGAGUUACCUCUCAAUACACGACCACAGACUACACCACCUUCUUUGCUGCCUCCAACCUCAAACUCCCGUUUAACGUCGGGUAACCAUGGCAACCAUUUAACCAAUGAGAGAGCACGUCGUAGGGCUUUUUCAAGUAAAAUAUAUACCAGUGCCCCGGCGCAAGAAAAGCGACCAUCAUACUCGGGCAAUCUGUGGUCACCAAAUUCUUAGAAGAUUGGCAAUACGAUUACAUCAUUGCCUAUAUAUAGACAAGACUACGCAGGUGAUAUCAUCGUGUAUCCAUCUUCUAACAUGCAUAUGAAAGACAAGUUUCAUGUUCGAGAACCAUUCUAAUAUCUCCAAUGUGGAAAGAAAUCUACAUGUGUGAUGGAAACAUCAGGGUAAAACGACUUGAGACUUGACGAUGACUGCUUUAUUAUCCAAAAAAUGGAUUGCCGGAAAGUUGCAAGGAGACCUUUGGCUUAGCUAUACGGCAAACGGCUAUUUUUGUUAGGUUUUUUUAUAUGUUUAUGUUUAAGAUUAAUGCACCAGUUUUCUAGACCUGGCAUUUGUUUUGAAGAUUUGAAGGUAUGCCGUGGUUAUAAGAGGUAUGCCGUGAACGUCAAGCUAAAGUAAAGAUCUCUAAUGUGUAACUGUGAACAUAUAUAUAAAACAAUAAACUGUGUAUCCUUUUGUUUUGUAUUAGCAAUUGGUGGUUGGUAGACGAAACACCGUGGAUGUAAAUAGUAUAAUAAUUAUAAUGCCUUUUUGCAUUUGAUGUAAGCCGGUAGUGUGGGGCGCAGUUAGAACGAUAAUUGGGCGCGGGGGUUAUUUAUUCAUAUACUCAGUUCUGCUCGACGUAAUUCUAUUGAAAACUUGUAAACUUACAAAAGAAAUGAAUAUAGAAUAAUCCCCCCCCCCAAUUAUCGUUAUGUUCUAGCCACGCCACUUACAAUUGCAGUGUGAACUAAGUAUAUUUAUUGCAGUGCGAACUAAAUAUAUUUAAACAAUGCACGGUUCGUGUUUUGAAAAAUUGUGAAAACGUUACUCUCACCACGAAGUCGCGAAAUAUCUCGGUCUCGGGGAACGA